CUGAUUGGAAAUGGAGGAUUCCGCCGGAGGAGCUCGCAAAGCAACCAAGAGUAAACUGUUUGAGUUCCUUGUCCAUGGAGUGUAAGGAGAGGAUGUGGAGGUGUUGUUGCCUUUGACAGUAUCGUAUUGGCACUAACCUUCGACAAAGAAAGCAAGUCCCACCAAUUUGGGUUUUUACAGGGAUUAUCUGUGCCGUGGCUGCCGGUAACUCUGGAUGGCAGACAGACAGGCUGUUGCAGCCGCAGCCGCAGCCCAUGUUGUGGCCUCCCUCUGUGGCCCUUUACUCCUCCACUGCGACCUUGAAAGCGAGAGAUAGCCGGACAGGUGUUGGGAGAUGUAUGGCUGCCCUGUUCCCAGAUCCUGCUGUGUCCACAUGUUCCUCUCCAGAUCCUGCCCACCGGCCCAGGGCUCCCCCGUGGUUCGCCCGCUCUGAGACCAGGGUCGAGAGGGGGACUGACUUCGCCCCCAUUGACCUAGGGCGGCCAGGGAUGGCGUCAGGGGCCCGGAUGCCGCAUCAGGGGGCACCAAUGGGGCCGCCAGGCCCGCCAUACGGAGGAGCGGCCUCUGCACGUCCUGGGCUCCCCAAUCCGGCGCUGGACCCCAGCCGGAAACGUCCAGCCCCCACCCAGCAGGCCCAGCAGCAGCAGCAGCAGCAGCAGCAGAUCCAACAGCAGCAGCAGAUCCAACAGCAGCAGCAGCAGCAGCCUGCUCUGCCGCCGCCGCAGCCAGCCAUGCCGUCCCGGCCCAGGAAGAAACCUGUGGGAUUUCCAGGAGCCAAUGAGAUGGCCCCGAGACAGAUCGACAUGCGAGAGGCCCAAUCAGAUCCGCCAAUUGGAUCCAACGCCAAGAGAAGGAAAAUGGCUGACAAAAUUCUCCCUCAGAGGAUCCGUGAGCUUGUCCCAGAAUCCCAAGCCUAUAUGGACCUGCUGGCUUUUGAACGCAAACUGGACCAAACCAUCAUGAGAAAAAGAGUGGAUAUUCAAGAGGCUCUUAAAAGACCCAUGAAGCAAAAGCGCAAAUUGAGGCUGUAUAUCUCCAACACAUUCAACCCUGCAAAACCUGAAAUUGAAGAUUCAGAGGGAAGCAUCGCAUCCUGGGAACUGCGCGUUGAGGGAAAGCUACUGGACGAUCCGGCAAAACAGAAGCGAAAGUUCUCUUCUUUCUUCAAGAGCCUGGUCAUCGAGCUGGACAAGGACCUUUAUGGUCCAGAUAACCACUUGGUUGAGUGGCACAGGACACAGACCACACAGGAGACGGACGGUUUUCAAGUGAAGAGACCUGGCGAUGUGAAUGUACGCUGUACAUUACUACUGAUGCUGGAUUACCAGCCCCCCCAGUUCAAACUGGAUCCACGGCUUGCUCGUCUCCUUGGCAUUCACACACAAACACGCUCCUGCAUAGUCCAGGCACUGUGGCAGUACGUCAAGACCAACAAGCUGCAAGACCCUCACGAAAAAGAAUACAUCAACUGUGAUAAGUACUUCCAGCAGAUAUUUGAUUGCCCGCGUUUGAAGUUCUGUGAGAUACCUCAGCGUCUCACUAACCUGUUGCUUCCACCAGAUCCCAUUGUGAUUAAUCACAUCAUCAGUGUGGAUCCAAAUGACCAGAAGAAGACAGCCUGUUAUGACAUCGAUGUGGAAGUAGAUGACCCGUUGAAGAAUCAGAUGAGUGGCUUCCUGCUCUCAACAGCAAACCAGCAGGAGAUUGCCCUGCUAGACAACAAGAUUCAUGAGACUAUUGAGUCCAUCAACCAGCUGAAGAUCCAAAGAGACUUCAUGUUAAGCUUCUCCAGAGACCCCAAAGCCUUCAUUGAGGACUGGAUUUGCUCCCAAAACAGAGACCUAAAGUUAAUGACGGACGUGGUUGGUAACCCGGAAGAAGAAAGAGGAGCAGAGUUUUAUAAUCAGCCCUGGUCACAGGAGGCUGUCAGUCGUUACUUCUAUAGCAAGAUUCAACAAAGAAGAGUAGAACUUGAACAGGCUUUGGCGAUACGCAACACCUAAAAUGUUCCCCAUGGGAAAAUGUGGGUUCAUCAUUUGGAUUGUGGGAACGACCAAUAUUGAGUCCACCAUUCAUGGCCGUUUUCAUCGUCUUUGGAUCGACAAGACAACUAUUAAUCAUCCAUCAUUUCUCCAGCAAUUUGACAACAUACAAUUUGAAGAGUUGCUGAGAAGGAGAAUGUUGUGCAGAGAAAAUGUAGAGCCAGAAAACAGAACUGAGCUUCAUAUGACUCUCUCACUUGCUCUAGUCUGAAAGACUAAUUGAAAGUAUUGUCUUAACUUUUCAUGUUCAUCCAGGGACUUCUUUCAUUUUGAUGGCCUUCUGCAAAGCACUGAUAAAAACAACCAAAUCUUGUUUUAUGUUUGUGUGUCUUUAGUGUCUGGUAGUGUAUAGAUGUUUCUCACUGUUUUGUAUUGUGAUUUUACAGUGGUAAAAUAUCCAACAGAACCUGAAAUACACCGUUUUAAUUACAGGUGUUUAAGAGAUAUGUAAAUGCUGUGUUCCUAUGUGCCCAAAAGCAAAUCACAACACAUGUUUGAGAUUGUAAAAAUCUAGAAUCCUAGAAGCAAAAGUAGAGGCAAAGUAGUCCAACAAACAAAGACCGCAUUGUGUCACUUGUCUAAAGAACGGAGAGACUUGGUGUCCUUAAAUGAUAGUAUAUGACAAGUACCAUUCAUACAGUGUAAAUGCUGGAUGGUUUUGUACAAUACUUUGUGUAUUCAAGUGAUUGUUCUUGUAGUCUACCAUGUGCCCUGUCCUAAAGAAUAACUUCCUGAUAAGGAUUGUGACAUCAAAUGAUGGUCAUUUUUUGUAGACCAUCUCCGUGUGGACAUAUGGAGCAUGUCUCUAACAAAAUACUUCAUGAAACUGUGUUGUAUUUGUUUCCCUUAUCCACAUACAGUACCUUCAAAGAAUGAUGGAUCAACUUGAUAAAAAUGAAAGACAACCAAUAGUUUGCACUUUUUCAUAUUGUUCAGCACCUUACCCAUCUUUUCUAACCAUCUUUACUGAGCCUUAUGAACACACACCAGGACCGGCAAUGUUUUAUUUGUAACCCCCCCCCCCACACACACACACACACUUCUUUUUUAAAAAGACUAUAUGCAUGCUGCAUGGGUAACUUGUCCGUUGUAUGUGGUGUUUUGCUUUUAAAGUUCUGCCAAAGCUCAAAAGGUUGAACACAAUGAAUAGGCGUUACUUAAGUUGGAUAAAAUGAGAGAUGUACAUGCACAGUAAACAAGAAAUUACCAAAGUGUUUGCUUGGAAAAAAAGAGGCUUAUUUGUGUACCUGUCUGUAGCCCUGUACCAGAUGUUGACUUUGUGCAAAGACUGUCAAAUUUUGUUAAUUUUAACCAAAUCAUUCAGCAUCAGCAGAGAGUUAUUGGUGGACUAAUAUGGCAGCUAGGUUUGUUUUUCACGUAAGACACCAGCAAAAUGUGUGGAUUGAUCAAUUAAACCGUUGAAGAAUGUAA